UAGCUUUUGUUUCUCUUUCAGAAUUUAAAUGAAUACGUAACUGCAUUUAUUGCACUUAAACAAAAAAUUAUUGAUACAGACCGUGUUCUCACAGAAUAUCAGAAAAAAUGUGAUGAGCUCCAGAAAACUGAACGAGAUCGGAAAACACUCCGAGAUCAACUGGAUGAGUCAUUACAAAGAAGUGUACCUCUGGAAAAAUGCAGGGAAGAAAUGGAUGCAAUGCGGGUAGAACUGGAAGAAAAGAGGAGUUCCAUCAAGAUGUAUCAGCAGACACAUUUAGAAUUCAGUAAAUUGGAACAAGAGCAGAUAAAAAACGAUGCGUUGAAGAAGAAAUUGGAAACGCAGAUAAAAAAACUGGAAGAAACAACGACUAAACAAAAGGGAGAAAUAAAGCAGUUGAAAAAAGAGAAGACAACGUUGGAAAGAAAUUUAAAGAAAACUCAGGAAAAACUGCUAGUUCGACAGAAGAAUGGUGUAAAAGUUUUGAAAGAUGCAGAUUCAGAGAAUUCCAGGCAGGAAGUACCAAGAGUAGACAAAAAUAAAGUGAAACUGUUACUUGAUGAAAUAUGGAUGUGCAUUGAAAGGUCCAGUGUACAAGAGAAGCCAAGCAUGGAAGCCAUGUACAGCCCAGAUACAAAACCAAAAUCAUGGAAGAAAUGCAAGAUUCUUAACAGAAAUGGAAUUAACCCACAUCACAGCAGUCCACUGAAAGAGCCAUCAUCUUCAUCGUUGCAAAAGCUGAAAUGUGACCAGGAAAAUAAUAAUCAGAGUGAACUGGAUACGUGUCUGAUUGAUGAAGGACUGAAAAACAAUGGUGACAGUACUUUCUGUGAUGAGAAAACUGUAGAAGUGAUGAGACAUCAAGAUCCUGUUGACAGUUCAAGUACAGAUACUGAUAGUGACAAUGAAAAUGAUGCUGAGCAAGAUGCUUUAAGUCUACAGCUGCAAGAAAUUCUUUUUUGGACACAACCUCUUCCACCUCAAUUGUCUCCAUUGCCAUAUUCGACAUCUUCUGGAAAGCAAAGCAUAUUUGGAAACAUUACGGAUUCAAGUGAUGAUGAAGGUGCUGCUCCUAGAAGAAUCUGCAGCGAGGGUUUUUCAGAGGCUGAACAUCCUGAUAGUCCUGCUUGCUCCGAGGCAGUGACAACUGAUCAGUCAUCUUUGACAGAAGCAGGCGUUUCUGAAAGUACACCCGAAGAGUCAUCUGCUGAGAAAAUGGAUUGCACUAAGACAGAAACUGAAAAUGUGAACAUAGAGGGUUUGACUGACACCAAAACCGAGGAUGAAGUGUCAUACCCUUCUUUGAUUGCUGGAGAUGCUCAAUGUAGAAGUGAGAACAAUACUGAAGCACAGUCAUCACUUGAGGAGACACAAAUGAACUCUGUCAUGACCACCUCAGAAAUUCAGUGUGUUCAUACACUUCUCACACUUAAUGGUUUUCGUGAAGAGGAUAUGACAUCUCCACUGCACAAUUAUCCCGAGGGGUUGCAGGAGAAUGAUGACUCAAAAAAUACUGCAGUUUUGGUUACACCUAACAGUAAAAUAGUGGAACUGACAAGUUCAAAUCCAAACAGCAAAAAUGAAGUUAGAAUAGAUGCACAUAUUAAGGAAGGGGACACUGAGGAUCUUAUUUUACAAGAAACCGAUUCUUGUAGACAGCUAGUUACAACCUCUGAAGAAAUGGAGGUGGAAGAAAUUCACUACAAAACGUCUACAUGUGACAGUCAAAAAAAUGAAUGUAUCAAUGCUUCUGUGUUGGUUUCUGAUAAUGAGCACACAAAAUCAAUGGAUGUGGCAAAGGGGCCAACAGAUGUUGACAUGAUGGAAGUAGUAAUUUCACAUUCACAGCUUAACAGUACUGUGGUAAAUGGUGUUAGUCAGGAACAAUGCAUUCCUGCAAAGGAUAUGGAGAUGGAGGAGGUUAAUUGCAGUAGUUUUGCAUCUGACGAACUGCAUGCUGAAUGUACUCAGACUUCACUGCAAACAGUUGAUGUGGAGUUUCCUCAAGGAGAGUCACCAUUGAAGGAGCAAACACCUAAAAUGACGGACACACCACCAAAAGCCGAGGAAACUGGUGUUUCUCAAGGCAAUUUUAAGACUUUAAUUUCUACAGAGUUAACGAUGGAGGAAAAUAAUUCUGCUGAUUCAAUAUCCCCAAAUGAAAAAGAUAAAUCACCACUAAAUUCACCGCUGGCCUCAGACGUUGAGGAGACUUUUAAUAAAUUUGAAGUAAAAGAGCAAAGCAAACUUAAAAAAAUGAAGGAGAUAGUACUGCCUGGACAUUUGGACUGUUCGACAGAAACUGAUCAAUCUCUGGAUGAGUCAAAUAAAUAUGUUUCUGUAGAGAAUAAAGGGAAAGAGAAUAUUAAUUAUGUUAACUUAAUAUCUAAUAAUCUAAAAAAUAAAUCAAUAGUAACUUCUACCCUACAUAAUGCCACUGGAGCAGAGGAACAAAACAGGCAUGACAGAAUGAAAGGAACAACUGUACUUGUCACAAUUGAGAGUUCAAAUACUGAGGGUGGAUCCAAAGGCUCUGUUUGUGCUAGAGAUGUACUUGGUCCCACUUAUUUUAAGGAUGAACUUGCAGUAUCUUCAGAACAAGGAUUUAUUCAACAGAAACGAUCAGACUCAAUAAAGGAGACGAGCAGUUCGGUGGACAUGGCUUCUCCGGAUUUUGAUGGUCCACAGGUAACUGAUGUCAUCCAAAACAGUUCAAAGUAUGACGUUCAUAUUAGAGACAUGGAAUUAGAUUCCAUUGAGUCUGGAUGUGACAGGCCAAAAGAUGAAUGCAUAGCAGCUUUAGUCCCAUUCAAUUCUCAAGUCAAGUCUGCGAUAAUAGAUCAAGAUUCUUUUGGCCAAGCAGAGGAAAAUUCUCCACAUGUUAAGUCUGAUAGUUCAGUGUCACUGGGUGUUAUUUUGGGUGAGGAGGAGUGCAUUUCAACUGAGGAGAAAGAGGAAGAAACAUUGAAAAUAUCUACACCUUCUCAAUGCGCGCUGAUUUCAAUUCAGUCCUGCAAUGUUGAAUCGCAAAGAAAUUCUACGAUAAAAGACGAGGAUAUUAUUACCAAAACAAAAGAAGCAUCUAUAUUUCUGAACACUGUUACCAUAGAAGUGCCGAACACUUCUGUGGAAACUGAACUUGCUCAGGACAAUUCCAGAGAGUGCACUUCUACUAAAGAAAUGCCCAACGAACAUGAAAAUAAGGAUAAACUUUGUGUACAUUUCAAAAGCUUUGAAGUUACUGAAUGUGAAAGCCAAGCUGAUAAACAGAAAGAUCAGUUAAUGGAAAAUAAUGAAAUGGAGAGAAGUGAAAUGGGAGAGGUAAAUCAUACCCUGAAACCAUCAGGGGAUUAUUUAUCUUCUGGCCAGACUUCUCCCCAUUUUGAUGCCUUCUCAGAUGAAUCCUCAAAACCAAAUGUGGCACAGAAUAUUGCCGAGCAAUGUCCUGCUCGUUUUGGGCAGGUCGAAGCUGCUGAUACUUCAAAUAAUACAGCUUUGGAAUUUGAGGAAUAUUCCAGCAUAGAAAAAAGUAAGGAUGAACCUUUAGGAAAAGCACUCAUUGGUAAUGGGAUCCAACAGCCAGUUCUGAAAUCUUGUUCCCCUUCAAAACGAAUUUCUCAGAUGAAUCAAGGCCCUCAGACCCAUGAGAUGGGAGUCUCAACGCUGGUUAGGAAAAUCAAGAAAAGAAAGCAAUGGAAAGCAAUCAAAAAGAGUCCAAGAUCCAUUGAAGAUACACAGAAAACUAUUCAUCAUGAAUUGGAUGAUAAGGAUAUGACAACUGAAAUUGCCACACCAGAAAACAGGGUGCUUGAAGUUCAGGCUCAGAAUUGCAAAACUGAAGUUGGGCAGCACGGCCUCUCUAAGCACAUUACUCUUCGUGGUAUUGACUUCCCUUUUGAUUCUGAAAGUGCAUCAGCUUCUAAUGAAACUGAUUGUAAUAAUAAAAGCACAACAAAUGUUGCAGAAGAGUCAACAGCUAGCCAUCCUGACUGCAAUGAAAGUAAAACUAAACAGCUCACUUUAGAUAAAGGGCUUUCACAAGGCCCCUGUCAAACUCCAACAUUUAACAUGCACAACAAUACAAAUGUAAAUUAUGAAGCUGCAGGAAAUGGUGAUAAUGCUAUGUCAGUAGAAUGUGCAGAUUCAGAUUUGGAUAACCCUGCACAAAAGGUUUGUGACAAUGAAACUUACUUGGAAACAAGCCCUAAGAGUGACUUCUUAGGCUGUACACCGAUAGAAAAUGAACAUUUGGAAGGAAAUGCUAGCAAUCGAGAUUAUCCAGUGGAUGUGGAGAUAUCGGAAAGCUCCUCUGAAGUCUGUUCCUAUCAGGAUACUAGCAUUUGUACGAAAGAAAACCUUGGCAUCGAAAUCAACAGUAAGAGCAUUGGAAUUACUGAGGAAAUGGCUAAUUUCAAGGCGAGUAUGAAUAAAGUCAAUAGUUCUACAAACAAUACCAUAACAGAAGCUUCCAAUUACAUGCCGCCAGUACAAAAAGUAGAUAUCGCUACACAAACAGAGCUAAUAUGUAAUGGUUCACAAGUUGUGCUUUUUACAAGGAAUUCUUUGAAUACUCUUUCUCAGAUCUGCUUUAAGAAAGAAGAUAAAGAUAAAUUUGCACUGGCAAAUAAUGUUUCUUCCCUUCCUGAUGCUACUUCAGGCCACCUGAGGCCUAUUAGAUCAGCAUCAGUGCAUGAGAAAGAGGCAUUAUUUGAAAGUACAAUUGAUGGUACAGUGAAUUUGAAGUCAUUUAGAACUUCAGUAGGUAAUCAAACCUGCAAGACUGCAAGUGGCAGGAAAGGACAUUCAAAUAAGAUUUUACCAAAUGCUUUGAUUGAUGGAGAUGCACAACAAGAUGCCGGUUUACAAAAAUCAGAAAUACGGUCUACCUACAAAAGGCAUGCAGCUUUAAGAAGAAAGAGCAAAGGUUUGGAUCCAAACAAUCUACCUGUAGUGAAUACCGAGGUUUCCACUCCAGUAUUUUGCAUGCAAGAAAUCCAUCAAGUGAUGUUAGAAAUGGGACAACCUCUGCCACCGUUAUUGCCACCACUUGUAGCCACACCUCCAAGAACCAUAAGAUCUACAAGAGUACAAUCCCCUCGUCUUGCAUCAUCCAAUGCGUCAUCUCUGUGUUCCCCUGAGGAUGACUUUGUUUCUCCUUCAAAAGAGAUCUCAAAGACAGCUUCAAUUUCACCUCUGUUGGAUCACUUACAACAAAAGUCUCCUCCAACCCAUUCCCCAUCCCCUUUAGAACUUGCAAGAAAUGAAAGAAUCCAGUCUUCUCCAUUACAGUUUUGCACUACAACCCCAAAGCAUGCCGUUCCUGUGCCUGGGAGACUACCUAAGACUGCAUCAGCGUCAGCAGGUUCAGCUUUACCUCAGGAGAAUUCUGUGAAAAUUCUGGAUGCUAUGUAUCCCAAUCUCUCUGCCCGAGCACGAACUUUAAAUAUUCUCCGUGGUAAUGUUCAGCUUAGCAUGCGUGGCUCUGCAGGUGGUGAGAACCAAGCCGGUCCAAUGAACCAAAUCAUGGGGUUCAAAGCAAUCAAUUCAACCCCAACUGCAUUUGUAAAAGCAGGAAGCAAUUCCAGGUCUGAAGGGUGUGUUAAAGAAUUGGAGCAGCAGAAGCCAAUUAAUGUUAGCAUGUCAGGUGCCGUGGAAAAAUCCAGACAAGACCAAAAGGCUACCAAAAGAUGUGCAGAAAAUGAUGUAGCAAGCAGAGCUAAAAAAGUGAAAACUGAAGGCAAUUGUCAGCAUGAGGAUUAUACUUCUGAUUUAAUCGCCCCAAAAGAGUCAUCCACUGUAGAUGGUGUUCAACAAACCAAACCACUUUGCAAUAGGGCAGAGCCAAAAACAACAAAUACAACUGAAGUUUUCUCCCAGCCUUGUGAACCUGUUAAUGCAAGUGAAGAAGCUGUAGCCAGUGCCUUAAAGAAAAUUACUGAAUCCUGCUUUGACCUACUCCCUGUUAUACGCAGCCAUGUGUUCGUUGGGAACAUUCCUCAGCUCCCAGUACUGCGUGAUGAAGAGAAAGAAGUGAUUUAUGAAUUAAGUGGCAAUAAGGACUUAAUAGAAGCUUUGCUCUUGGCUAUCAUUAAGAAGCUGAAGGUUGAGCAAACUGCCCUGGAUGGUAACGAUCUUCAAGCACUUUCUCGAGUUUAUGUUGCAAUCUGCCGACACCAAGGAGAUCUUGAAAGAGCUCGUCUUCUUUCCUACAGUAUUUUAAAAGAAGACUUUCCAGACUCGAGCAAACUCCUGUUGAUCAUCUUAAGUGUUUGGCAAAAUAUUUUUUCUAUGCAAGGACCAGUUAAUAAAGCUAUGCAAGCUGUUGCAAAGCAACGUGCCAAAGGAGACGUUCUGGAUUGUUUGAGUGCAUACCUCAACUGGGAGAAGAAUCCACCUUUGGACAUAAGUAGCUUGGUUUCAAGUUUCCUUGUAGCAAUGCAGCAGAGUCCUAAAGUAAGAUUCCAAACAAGUAACGAAUAUGGAAUGGAUUUCAAUGGUGAUAUGUGGGAGUUGAUAUCUGCCAUUGAUCUGCUCUGCUCUCAACAGCAGUGGACAUGGACACAUGACUGUUUCAUAAGGAAGGAAGUGUGGCCCGUGAUGGAUAAAUGGAUGAAACGCAGAAAAGGACACAGAAAUGUGCUGCAUAUUCAGGAUGUUACAGUAGCAGGCGUCAUGAGGCUUAUUGGAUGCCUGGGUCAGCAAGGACUGAAGAAAAGUUCUACAAUGGCUGUACAAAAUAUUGCAGCAGUAAUCAACAAGUUCCUCCAACAGGCUUUUCAAGAAGGUGUACCAUGGCCUGUGCAGUUAUCAGCAGCUUAUGCCGUUUAUGACCUGGCACCUAGUAACCCAAACGGAGCUCUGGAGUCCCUUCAGAAGUGGAAAGCAUCAGUCACUGAACCAAUCCCUCCUGUGGCAAGCAAAUGUCUAAUGGAACUGGAGACUUUGUGUGAAAGAUUAAACUUUGAAAGUCAGAACCUGUGAAAAUCGCAUCCAACAAGCUGCUGAACUGAAAGAUAGAUGAAAGGCAACUAAUUUAUUUCACCCACUUAAAGAUGAUAACUUAAACUGCUGUAAAAUAUUUGAAAUAAAUCAGUAUUGGUAUUUACAAUUUUGAACAUAGGGUAAGUACUGAGAUCCACCUCGACACCCUCUCUCCUCCAUCAUCACCCAAAUUCCUUUCUUCAUGUGGAGAUGUGAAGCAAGUGAUGAUACAAUCAGGAAUUGCAAUUGUGUGACACGCCUGAAUGGAGGGUGAUUUCAGCAUCAAUUUUCAGAGACAACUAAAAAGAGCUUUUGAUAAACUUAUUCUAUCCUUUUUUAAAAAAAAAGACUUUACGUAAUUGAAAAAUUCUGUUUUAAACAAACAGUUGAAAUAAUUUUGUAAAGUACCAAGAUUUAAGCAAACGCUAGAUUGUUUUUAAUUAUUUACCAAUCGAGUGCUUCUUGCAGAAGGCCAGGAUUCCAAAAUCAACCUCACUGAUGAUAAUCCUAUCCCUGAAAUAAUCUGGAAAUGCUAGUACAUGGAAAGGUGUUUUCCAAAUGCUUAAGAGCUUUAGUCACCCACCAUCUGAAGUUGUUUUAAGAAUCAGUCAUUUUUGCAACAUAAUUAGUUCAGCAGGACCACAAUUUGCAUUGUUCAUGUACCUCAGGCUGAACCGUGAUGAGGUUCGACAGCAUCACGUCGUUCAUUCCAUAGUUCAACUCAAAUCCUUUUGUUGCAGCAGAAUACUCUGCUCUUUCUCACCAAUCCCUUCCUAUUUUGCUAUUGAUUAUAUACCUUCUCUCAAAAUUAAACAAAACAUGCAUACAGUUGGAGUCUUAUCACACUGAAGGCAGCAAUCAUGCCUGCUCUUUACAAAGAGUUAAUCAAUAAUUCCACUUUCUGACUCUUUCCCCAAUUCUGAAACAAACGUGAUACAAAGUUACUGGGCUCAGAAAUACAGACUUUAAGAUUAGAAAUGGGCUCAGAAAUCCAGACUUUAAGAUAAGAAUAGAAAAUAGUUAAAACAACAAAAAUAUAUUAAUUAAAUAAUAAUAAAUAUGGCUUACUUCAUUUUAAACCUUAUUAUUAAUUUCCUUUUGAGUAAUAUCUCCUAUUUCAUCCUAAUCAAAGGUUUGAUAAAGACAAGAGACCAUGGUUUGAAAUAACACUUUCCCCUCCUGGAAAGGUGGGGUGGGAGAAUAUUAGGUCCGGAUUGUGCCACUGAAAACCAUCCACUGACACGGCAAUAAAAAGUGUGCAUCGGUACAGGUAACGGGAAUAUAUACAAGGUAUUUCUCAGACUAGUUGUUACUUUUAUCUCUGAACUCCUACAUUGUGCAGAGAUUACAGUGUGGCCCAGGGAAAAUGAUUGAGGAAUCAUAGUUAAAGUGAAUUCUCUCAAAGUAUUUGACCAUGUUACUUACAGAGAGCAGUGUGGUGAUUAUUUCCUUUGUUUAUAUCAUCAGUUGAGUUGAUUAAAAUCAAAAAUUGGAAUAGCACAUUCUUGAAAGUGUCACAGAAGAAACAUUUUGAAUACUUGAACACAGACUAUAAUGAAGCAAUGUUAAUUAUAUCUUGGCCUCUUUGAGUAAUUACAGUAUUUCACCUUUUAAGUCUUAAAACCUUAAUGCUUUCAAACUCUGCAAUGAAAGAUUUCAGGAUGUGAAGAGAUACUGCAAGCUUUUCUGUUAUCAAGGCAGUUUACUAAUUUCAAAAAACUAGUAAGUGUUAGCAUUAAUGUUCCUCACCAGUUGUUAAUAAGUUUGUCGAGGCAAAGGUGAGAGUACUGAGAGUGAGAUAAAAGAAUAUUUCAUUAUCAGCCGUACUUUUAAAGAAAACAAAAAUUUUCAGGGGGAAAUGUUGGAGGUCCAGCAUUAUGGGAUGGGUAAAGGAAGAGAAACAAGUAUUUAAUUUGCCUUUGAGCUGCUCUAAACAUUUUUCAUAUUUUACUUUAACCGCGUUCUUUACCACCUUCCAUCUAUCUCCAGCUGUACCGCCAUUUAGUGAUUAUUUGGUGAGGAUUAACUUCUCCAUUUUGGAUUUUGUAGAGCAAUUGCAGGUUGGAAAUGGGGAGAUGGCCACAUUUAUACACUGCAGGAUGGGGUGGAGGUAUUGCGAGCAAUAGAACAGGAGAGAUUAAGUUCUGUUCAUACCACACCUUAAAUUAUUCCCAGUGAGCCACUAUCCAAAUUGGUCUUUCUAUUUACCCUGUACUUACAAAUUGAAUUCAAUAGGAUGUUUGGUACAAUAAUAAAAAUUUGGAUUAGAAAAAAAAAGGAUAAAUGACCACACAAUUCCAAAUAAAGUAAUCGUUCGCCAUAUUUCCAUUUCACUUCAGACCAUAUUAGCUAAAGCUAUGAAUCUGUACCUGUGUGCCAUGGUAAUUUGGUAUAUUUCUUUUUAUGCAGUUGGAUAAGAGAGUACAGAUUUAAACAAUAAUAUCUGUGUAUAUAAUGUAUUGGUUGGUGCUUUCAAUUGAGUUUCCCCAAGUCUCUGGAUCAGCAGAACUUAGAUUAAUAUGCCUUGCUUAUAGCUAUGUACAUAUGAUUAUUCAUAGUGGAAAAACAAUGUUUUUUUCUGUAAAUGCAUGUAAUUAGAUGAAACUUUGUUUCUGAAUAUUUUUGUUCCAUUUAGGAAUGUUUUAUGUAUAAAGUCACAGGUGCAAUGUAGGUUUUGGGUUCUGUACAAAGAUUACUGAGUAAAUAUGUAUAACACUUGCGAGAAUUUUUUUUUACUUUUUAUACAAACUCUUGAAUUUUUGUGUGCAACACUUUUUAUAUUAAAGUAAAAUAUGGAAUCACA